AAUGAAAGCGCAUGUCAACGCGUCGUCUGUUCCCCACCGAACGCGUCUUUCACCACCUUCACCGCCCCUCCAAACAACCUCAGAUUGACGUCCAGGAAGAAAAUGUCAGAAACCCCCGUUCCAGUCCACGAGCCGCCAUCUCUGCCCUCAUCACCCCUCCCAAAGCGAACAAAAGUCAUUGACCCCACACCUCUCUCCCACGCCUCCACUCUACCACGAGGAACAGAUUCGGGCGCCGCAACACCCACACCCUUGGCGGCUACACAUCUCCCCAGCCACGACAACAUGGCAGCACUACAACCCUCAGCGCCUAUCGCCGCACCCUCAUCAGCUGGAGCAGCAGCGGCAGAACAACAAUUGCAAGUCCAAUUGCUGAGCCCAAAUGCCAAGGCGCCGACCAAGGGAAGCGCAUUUGCUGCUGGACAUGACUUGUACAGUGCAGAGGACACUAUGAUUCCUGCACGGGGAAGGGCUCUAGUAAAGACUGAUAUUAAGAUCUCGGUGCCGGACGGGACAUACGGCAGAGUAGCACCUCGCUCCGGCCUUGCCUACAAACACGGCAUUGAUACCAUGGCCGGCGUUAUCGACGCAGACUACCGCGGCCCCGUUGGUGUCAUCCUCGCCAAUCUCUCAGAGACAGACUUUCCUGUCAAGAUUGGUGACCGAAUCGCCCAACUUAUAGUCGAGCGGGUUGUCAUGCCCGACGUAGUUGUGGUCGAUCAACUAGAGGAUACAGUGAGGGGUGCUGGAGGCUUCGGCAGCACAGGUGGCUUUGGUGCGGCUGCUGCUGCAGCAACAGAUGGUACCAAGGCUUAGGUCUGCAUAUGUCUAUGAUCUAGGGCAUGCUGUCUCUAUUUGAUCAUCGAAUCAAGG